AUGAAUAUGUCAGCAGUCAGCACAGUGACUGAAUUUAUACUCCUGAGUUUCCCCUGCUCCAGAGGGGCUCAAGUCUCCCUAUUUGCUCUGUUCUUCAUGUCCUACAUCCUAACACUGAUGGCAAAUGGAGCCAUCGUCUCUGCAGUGAUGCUGGAUAGCAGACUUCAUACCCCAAUGUACAUCCUGCUGGCCAACCUCUCAUUCCUGGAGAUCUGCUACAUCAACACCACUGUUCCCAAUAUGUUAGGAAACUUCCUUUCAGAGACCAAAGCCAUCUCUUUCACAGGUUGUUUCCUCCAGUUCUACUUCUUCUUCUCAUUCGGUAUCACUGAGACCUUCCUGCUGCCUCUCAUGGCUUUUGACCGGUACUUGGCCAUCUGCUGGCCUCUCCACUACCCGACCAUCAUGAGCGUGCCUCUCUGUAAGAACUUGGUGGUUCUCUGCUGGGUAGCUGCCUUCCUCUGUUAUCCAAUCCCUAUCUACUUUACCACACAACUCCCCUUUUGUGGUCCCAAUGUUAUUGACCACUUCGUCUGUGACCCUGGACCACUGCUGGCCUUGUCCUGCAUCCCUGCACCUGGAAUUGAGCUUUCCUGUUCUAUUUUAAGCUCCGUCAUUAUCUUCAUCACGUUCUUCUUCAUCCUUGCAUCCUACACCCUGGUUCUCAGGGCAGUGUUGCGUGUCCCCUCAGCAGAGGGUAGACGUAAGGCCUUCUCCACCUGUGGUUCCCAUCUAGCUGUGGUGUCUCUGUUCUAUGGGAGCAUCAUGGUGAUGUACAUCAGCCCAACCUCUGGGAAUCAGGCUGGGAUACAGAAGAUUGUGACUUUGUUCUACUCCUCAAUCACUCCUCUUAUAAACCCACUCAUCUACAGUCUCCGGAACAAGGAUAUGAAGGCUGCCUUGAGAAAAAUUCAGAUGUGCACAAAAAUUAGCAAAAUUAAUGAGAGCUUAUGA